UGAUGGGCGGGACGAGGAAGGCGAAGUCCACCGCACAGGUAAAAGACAAAACGCCUGGGGAAGUUGUCGACUUUUUCCUCGCCACUGACGGUAUGGAUGUUGUUGGCUAAACUCACGGAUUGUUAAAACUUUUACUACCAUGGCUUUGUCGGAACUUUAUACGAAGUACAACAGAGUGUGGAUACCGGAUGAAGAGCAUGUCUGGAAGUCCGCAGAGAUCCUGAGAGACUUCACACCUGGAGAUGAUGCUUUCCAACUGCAGCUUGAGGAUGGCACUGAGAUGCUGUACUCCCUGGACACAUCCAGUCCUCAGCUCCCUCACCUCCGCAACCCUGAUAUCCUGGUGGGGGAGAAUGACCUGACAGCUCUCAGCUACCUCCACGAACCAGCAGUUCUACACAACCUCAAAGUGCGCUUCGUGGAGUCCAAGAUCAUCUACACCUACUGCGGAAUCAUCCUGGUGGCUGUCAACCCAUACAAGCAGCUUCACAUUUACGGAGAUGCAGUCAUCAACGCCUACAGUGGACAGAACAUGGGCGACAUGGAUCCUCACAUCUUCGCUGUGGCUGAGGAGGCUUAUAAACAGAUGGCCAGGAACAAUAAGAACCAGUCUAUCAUAGUGAGUGGUGAGUCUGGAGCCGGCAAGACCGUGUCUGCCAGAUAUGCCAUGAGGUACUUCGCUAUGGUCAGCAAGUCUGGCAGCAAAACACACGUGGAAGACAAAGUUCUGGCAUCCAACCCAAUAACUGAGGCUAUAGGAAAUGCCAAGACGACCAGGAACGACAACAGCAGUCGCUUUGGGAAGUACACAGAGAUCAGCUUCGACAGGAGAUAUCAGAUCAUCGGGGCCAACAUGAGGACGUAUCUCCUGGAGAAAUCUAGAGUGGUUUCCCAGUCCGAGAGCGAGAGAAACUACCACAUCUUCUACCAGAUGUGUGCCUGUGCAGACCAGCCUGAGUUCAAGAGCCUGAGACUGUUGAGGGCAGAUGAGUUCAGGUACACCAGUAUGGGAGGGGAGACUGCUAUCGAAGGCGUGGACGAUGGGAAGGACAUGGAGGAGACACGCAGGACCUUCUCUCUGUUGGGGUUAACGGAGGACUUCCAGGCUGAUGUGUUCAAGGUGCUGGCUGGGAUUCUACACCUGGGGAAUGUAGAGAUCAGAAACGUUGGAUCAGACAGGUCAUCAAUUAGUUCCAGUGAUCCCCACAUAGCAGCCUUUUGCGACCUUCUCGGGGUCAGUCCUGACGGUGUUACCCGUUGGCUGUGUCACCGCCGCUUCGUCAUGGUGGCAGAGACGGUGGUGAAGCCGGUAACCAGCAAGCGGGCGGUGAACGCCAGAGACGCCCUCGCCAAGCAGAUCUACGCCCACCUGUUCGACUGCGUCAUCCAGAAGAUCAAUGCAGCGCUGCAGGUCCCGGGGAAACAGCACUCCUUCAUAGGUGUCCUGGAUAUCUAUGGCUUUGAAACAUUUGACAUCAACAGUUUUGAACAGUUUUGCAUCAACUAUGCCAACGAGAAACUGCAACAACAGUUCAACUUGCAUGUAUUUAAGCUGGAGCAGGAGGAGUACAUGAAAGAGGAUAUUCCCUGGACUCUGAUAGACUUCUAUGACAACCAGCCGGUCAUUGACCUGAUUGAAGCUAAGAUGGGCAUCCUGGACCUUCUAGAUGAAGAAUGUCUGUUCCCCCAGGGUACAGAUCAGAACUGGCUUCAGAAGCUGUAUAACUACCUGGCUGACAACCCUCUGUUUGAGAAGCCCAGGAUGUCUAACGAAGCCUUCACCAUCCAACACUUUGCUGACAAGGUAGAAUAUCAGUGCUGGGGCUUUCUAGAGAAGAACAGAGAUACACUGUAUGAAGAGCUGAUAGACACCAUGAGAACCAGUAAGUUUCCUCUCCUGGCCAACUUCUUCCUGGAGGAGGAGCCAGGCGGAGGCAGUAAAGGCAUUAAAGUGAGGCCUGCCCGACCGGUGAAGCCAAUCAAUAAGAAUCUCAGGACCACCGUGGGGGAGAAGUUCCGCAGUUCUCUGUACCUGCUGAUGGAGACGCUGAACGCCACCACUCCUCACUACGUACGCUGCAUCAAGCCCAACGAGGAAAAGAUGCCGUUUGAGUAUGACUCUAAGCGGGUGGUCCAGCAGCUGAGGGCGUGUGGAGUCCUGGAGACCAUUCACAUCAGCGCUCAGAGCUACCCCUCCAGGUGGACGUACAUAGAGUUCUACAGCCGGUACAGUAUACUGAUGAGCCAACAGGAGCUGGUUCUCACCGACAAGAAGCAGACUUGUAGGACCGUGCUGCAGAGGCUAAUUCAGGACUCCAACCAGUACAAGUUUGGCCGGACCAAGAUCUUCUUCCGAGCGGGUCAGGUGGCGUACUUGGAGAAGCUGCGAUUGGACCGUCUCCGAGGGGCGUGUGUGACCAUCCAGAAGCAUGUGAGGGGGUGGAGCCACAGGAGGAAGUUCCUCCGUAUGAGGGAGGCGGCCAUCAUCCUGCAACAGUACGUCCGCGGACAGAGACAGAUACGUAAAUCGGUGACGGCUGCAGCGUUGAAACAGGGCUGGGCUGCUGUGGUCAUUCAGAGGUACUGGAGAGGUCAUCUCACCAGACAGAUCUUUAGAAUGGUCCGUUCCUCCUCGAUCAUCAUCCAAGCCUUCACUAGAGGCUGGAUCGCCAGAAAACGCUAUAAAAAGAUGGUGGAGGUGCAGAAAGCGCUGAUCUUACAGAAGUAUGCCCGGGCGUGGCUCGCCAGGAGACGCUUCCAGACCUUGCGGCGCCUGGUACACAACGUGCAGCUCUCCUACCGGUGCCAGCAGCUCAGGAAGAAACUGGAGGAUCAGGGCAAAGAGAACUGUGGGUUGCUCGAGAGGCUGACAAGUCUGGCCGGUGCUCACGCCCAAGGUCUCGACAAGCUGCACAGUCUGGAGGCCCAGCUGGGCAGAUCAGCCACUGAGAAGGCUUCGCUAGAGGAGCGAGAGAAGAAGAGCAAGGAGGACGCCGCCAAGACGAUCGCCCAGCUUCAACAGGAAAAAGACGGGUUCAUCGUGCAAAAACAGGACUUGGAAAAGAAGCUUGCAGAUACAGCAACAGAGAUGAAAGACGGCUUCGAUCAAAUCAAGACGACUCUGAAAGAAGAUCUGGAACGAGAAGAAAGAUUGAGGAAGAUUGCAGAGAACAACCUUGACCUGCAGAAGGAGGACCAUGAGAAGGAGGUGGAGAUUCUGAGGGAGGAGAACAGGAGGCUGAAGGAGGAGAGAGUCCGCCUGCAGAGACAGACUGAGGAGGGGGCGCAGGUCAACACUGAUCUACAGGACCAGGUCAUACAGCUCACCAAGCACGUCAAGGUUAUACCUGAGUUACGGAAGGAUCUUCAUAACCUCCAAACCCAGAGAGAUGAUCUGGACCGGAGAAUGAAGGGGCAGUCAGAAGAAGCGAUAGCUAAGAUGAGUGUGAUUACAAGACAACUUCUUGGUGCCAUGAUGGAAGAGGAGGUCAUUUCCAGAUCAGUUUGUGCUGUCUCCACAAACUCCUACUGGUCCCAGAUCAGUUUGUGCUGUCUCCACAAACUCCUACUGGUCCCAGAUCAGUUUGUGCUGUCUCCACAAACCCCUACUGGUCCCAGAUCAGUUUGUGCUGUCUCCACAAACCCCCUACUGUAUGAGUGCUGGAGAGGAAGCAGAAGGAACAGAAAGAGGGUCUCCGACAGCCAGAUAGAGGGGCUGACGUUCAAGGUGGAACACCUGCAGAACGAAAACAAUCAGCUGCAGAAACUGUUCCAAGAAAAAAUAUCUGUCAACGACAGCAUCGGCCAGGAAGUGACCAGGCUGAACCAGGAAAACAUGGUCAUACCGGAACUGAAGCAGACGGUGUCAGAGCUACAACGACAUAAACAGGAACUGGAGGAGCAACUGGAGGAGCAGACCAGAGGGAUGACAGAACAAAUUGAGGAGAUGUCAAAAAAGCUUCAAAUGAAUGUUGAAGAGGAAGCCACCCAACGCAGGCUGUUGGAGCAGCAUGAGCAGGUGGAGCGGGAGAAGGAGGAGGUGGAGAGGAGGGUGGAGGAGCUGGAGGAGGUGCUCAGGAGACAGAAGAACACGGAGACCGAGGCCAAGACCAGAUUCACUCAGGAGGCAUCACGACUCACUGCAGAGAACAUGGACUUUGAAGAACAGCUCGACAUGAAGGAUCGGUUGAUAAGGAAGCUGCAAAAUAAAAUCAAGAGUCUUCAAACAUCCGAGAAAGCCAAUCAAACGCCAGCGCCCACUAUUCCCAAAGAAUACCUCGGAAUGUUGGAGUACAAGAGGGAGGAUGAACCCAAGCUCAUUCAAUACAUAAUUCUGGACCUGAAACCCAGGGGGGUAGUGGUCAACAUGAUCCCCAACAUGGCCGCCCAGCUUCUCUUCAUGUGUGUCCGCCACGCUGACUACCUCAACGACGGAGCAAAGCUCAAGUCCCUGAUGAACGCCAUAAUCAGCGGGGUUAAGAAGGUCAUCACGGAUCACCAAGCAGACUUUGAAUUGCUGUCGUUCUGGCUCUCGAACAUGUACCACAUGCUCAACUGUCUGAAGCAGUACAGUGGAGAGGAGGAGUUUCUGAAACAGAACUCUCCGCGUCAAAAGAAGAACUGCUUGCAGAACUUUGACUUGUCUGAACACAGACAGAUCUUCAGUGAUCUGGCCAUCCGUAUCUACCACCAGUUCAUAUCUGUUAUGGAGAAGGCUCUUAUGCCUAUGAUCGUUCCUGGUAUGCUGGAGCACGAGAGUCUCCAGGGAAUCUCUAGUAUGAAGCCUACAGGUUUCCGUAAGCGUUCCAGCAGCAUCUAUGAGGACCAGGAGAUCUACACCAUCUCUUCUCUCCUCCAGCAGCUCAGUCUGUACCACAGCACUAUGAGUCAGCACGGCAUGGAGGAGGGGCUGGUCAGACAGGCUGUGAAACAGACUUUCUUCUUGGUGGGUGCGGCCACACUCAACAACAUCCUGCUACGCAAAGACAUGUGCUCCUGUAGGAAGGGCAUGCAGAUCAGGUGUAACAUCAGUUACCUGGAGGAGUGGCUGAAGGAGAAGGACCUCGUGCAGGGUACCAGUGCCAUGGAAACUCUGAAGCCUCUGUGUCAGGCUGCCUGGUUACUGCAGGUCAACAAGACCACAGAUGACGAUGCCAAGGAAAUCAUAGAACAAUGCUCUGAACUCAACACUGUACAGAUUGUCAAGAUUCUGAAUUCUUACACUCCCAUUGAUGAUUUUGAGAAAAGGGUGGCACCGUCGUUUGUCCGCAGUUCAGGUAAGGGCUUGCUCCAGGACCGUGAGGGGGGAUCCUCCCAGCUGAUGCUAGACACCCAGUAUCGUUUCCAGGUCACCUUCCCCUUCACCCCGUCCUCUCAGGCCCUGGAGCUACUACAACUGCCAUCCAGCCUCAGACUGGGCUUCAUCACCAGGAUCUAACCCCUGACCUCUGGGGGAGGCGGUAGCCUUGACUCCAUUAACCUAAAGGUUGCUGGUUUGAAUCCCAGGGAUGACGGGGGAAAAGCUGGCAGGAGUGAGGUGCCACUGUCUACCAGCGUCUCGGGUGUCACCAACUGCCAUUGUAGCCAAAUAGCCUUUUUAAAAAUGAUUAGUGUUUUCAUUUACACUCGUAAUACAGUUUGAAAUAAAUAUUACUCUGACGUCUGAUGAAUUUUGUGACUUAAAUGCAGAUGCUGUUGCAGAGCUAAAUGCUUGGGAGUACAGUGAGAAAUGCAGUUCUGCAGAAAACAGUUUUAAGUUCAAUAUCAAACUGCUGUUUUUUUGUUGUAGUAAAUUCAAAUGUGUCUACUCAAUGUUUUGGAGUAACAUGCACAGUACAUCAAAUGUCUUUUUUGUUUUGUUUUCAAAUAUAUAUUUUGUAAAUCAUA